CUCAUCUACAUACACUGAUCGCGACUGUGUAUCAUGUCUUUAAUGUGGAUUGCUUGUGUAAAAUGAUGAUUGCUUGCACGCUUAGCAGACAUGAUACAAUGCACAGAGCCAUUUAUAGAAACUAUAUAUCCAAAAGGAGGGAGAGAGCGCGAGAGAGAGAGAGAGAGAGAUAAAAAGAGGAUUGAUGAGAAGAGAAUUAUUAAUCAACAGUGAACUCUUUCUACUGCAUCUCUUCAAUUUACGGUUUGCAAGGCUUUGGGUAUUAUCUGUGAAAUGGAAUAUUUCGGCUUAGAGCAUUGGUCACCGAAUCAAAAAGAGUCGCGUACACGACAAUGGAUUAAUUUGCGUAAUCGUUUAACCUGUGAUAGUAGUGGCAGUGGCAUACAAUUAAUGUUAGCGUUGCGCGUUAAAUUCUGGGUACCCGUGCACUUUAUAUUGCAAGAGAGCGCUCGUAACUUGUUUUAUAUGCAAGCGAAAGUUGAUUUACUUGAAGGUCGCUUAAAUGCUCGGAAUUGGACGAAUGCCGCCAAGCUGGCGGCAUUAAUGUGCCAAGCGGAUGGUAUACGUUUUACCGAAGCAUCUCUCAAGUGUGAAUGUCCGAUGAAAAUACGUAAAGAACAAGAAAAACUCAGGCAACAAGAGCAACACCAACAACAACAACAACAGCAACAACAGCAGCAGCAACAACAUGCUCAAUGUUCACAUAAAACUGGCAAAGAUAAAGAGCACGUGUUGUCCUUUAAAAAGCGUCGCUUAUCGAAGCAAAAAUCUGUGGAAAAUAUUGAAAAUGUUCAUUGCCAGGCAUCUACCUCAUAUGCAGCCAAUAGUUUAUCCUUGACCUCAACUUCGCGUUUAUCAUUGGAAGCGGUGGCGACGGCUAAUAGCGGCGGUGCUGCUUAUUCCCACGAAACCCAUACCAAAGUUUGUAACGAUAACAAAACCAGUUCAAAUUCUUCAAAUUCCAAUAAUACAUCCUCAUCAUCGUCUACCGCCAAUACGACCAAUACUUCACCUGCCUAUGAUAAUGAAACUAUUGAGAAAUUAUUGAUAUCGUCACCGUUAAGAAUCUAUGAAGACUAUCUGAUUCGGCCUUUUAACGAACAAAACUCGGAAUUACCUGAUGAUUUUUUACGACAAAUCGCUGUCGAACAUGGAAAAUUAUUUACCCUAAAAAUGCCAGCAAAAUCAGCAAAAUAUUGGCUUUUACAAGAAAUCCAAGAUCUAGUCGGUUAUGGUGAAGAGAUUUUCUGUGGCGUUACAGCCAAUGAAAGCUCGAUACGAUGUGAUAUAGCCGUUGGAGCGCAUGGUGUUAAAGUGACAAUAGGAGAUAGCAUAAAUAACAUUCCUUUCAGUGCUAUAGCGGCUGCUAAAUCAUUUCGUCGUACUUUUAAACUGGAAUACGUUGAUGAUCAUAAUGAUCGGCGAGAAGUUGAGAUUAAAUUACCUAAGCAUGCUAUUGCAGCUGGCUUAUACCGUUCAAUAACGGAGCGACAUGCUUUCUAUGUUUGCGAUAAAGUUCGCGGCGUUGUAACCAAUCAAUUUACACGUGAUCUCAAAGGCACCAUAGCUUCCAUGUUCAAAGAAGACACGGAAUUGGGUAAACGUUAUGUAUUUGAUAUACAACGAACCAGUCGUGAAGUGCACGAUCAGGCGAGACGUGUUCUUCAUGAACGUGGCAUAGAAACUUCGGUACAAAGUGAAACGGUAACCGAUGACCUUGGUAGACUUUUGCCUCGACUAGUUAGUGCUGUAAACGAUGGUAACGGCGCAGCCGGUGGUUAUACGUCAGACGAUUCGGCUUCUUGUAGUAGUGGUGUCAGUUUAGAUGGCGCCUUAUCCAUGACCAGUAAAUUGGAUUUGGUAAUACGUGAAAAGGAGGAACGCGAAGCGGCCAUUGAACGUUGCGUGGAUACACGUAUUUCAGAGGCUAUGACUUGUAAAAUUUGCAUGGAUCGCGCCAUUAAUACAAUGUUUAAUCCUUGCUGUCACGUUAUGGCUUGCGAUCAAUGUGCUGCUAGAUGUGAAAAUUGUCCCAAUUGUCGUGUUAACAUCACUAAUGUUGUAAAAAUCUAUUUACCGCCCGAAUUACGUACACAUCCUAGUCCCAUUACCAGCGAACACAAUCAUCUUAUGUCAAACGACAAUCAACAACAACAGCAACGCUCGGAGGGAAGUAAAGUAACCUCAGCAGCCUAGAAUUGGUUUUGUUCGCUAUUCUUUCGUUUCAUGGAAUGGGUUUGUGUACCCAUAACUUGAUAAUAAUUAAAGAAUGCAAAGGAAAACAACAACAACAAUCAAUCACCAGUUAACUGUAAACGGGAUCAAAACAUUAAUAUUUACAUCAGCAGCCAAAAAGAGUUUCUUUACAUAAAUGAGAGCCCAGUUAAACAUUAAAAUAAUAUAAAAUUUAAAUUGAAGUUUCAGAAAAAAAAAACAAAUAAUAUAUAUAUAAAUAUAUACGAUUUGUAACUUGAAUUCCUUAACGUAGCAUUUAAGUUUUAACAAAACUUACUAAAAUUUUCUUUCACGUUUGUUCUCAGCGCGCCUUUCAUAAAUCAUUUUUCAUGUGCUCGUUGCUUUUUAACCUCUUUUUGUUUUCUGUUUUAUUUUUUAUAUUUAAAAUAAGUUUUUAUUUAUUUUUCUGUAUUUGCUGAGCGUUCAUUCGUUCACUUGCGUGUUUAACUUGUUUGUUUAUAAAUUAUUAUAAGUAUUUAUU